AUGUUAUUUUUAUUUAUCAUCAUCAUUCUAUAAUAAUUAGAAGUAUCUCAACAAUGUUAGAUAUUUGAUGAACAAAUAUUGAUUGGCGAUUAUUAUACAAACAAUGGUACAAAAUUGGCAUUCAUUUAAUUCAAGUCUUAUGUAUAAUUAUUUAAUGAAAACAGGAAUAAUGUAAUAAAUCAAUUACAAUAAAUAUGAUGAAACUUAGUUAUGAAAGCAGUCGAAUAGAUGAGAUGUAUUAUAUCAAUAAAGCUACAAUUGAAUCUCGUAUGCAAAUUAAGUUCAAUCGUGAUUACAAUAUAACAUUAGGAGAUAAGCAAUUGCUACUUAGGUUACCAAAAAAAUAUGGAAAAGAACCAAUAUCAAUAGUAGAAAUUGAAGGAAGCUUUUAACUUAUAAAUAAUAAAUCAAUUUUAAAUUUACCAGCUUUUCAAACAACUAUAAAUCUAAAUAUUGAAUCUAUACAUUUUAUAUUUAUAAAUAGAUGUGAUGUUGGUAAGAUUGUUAAAGAUUUACAAAAGAAGUUUGGUAAAUGGACAGUAUUAAUAGGGUAAAAUACUUGCAUGACUAGAUUGUAACACUUGGAAUAUGAUAAAUAUAUUAAUAUUUAAGAGAAUUAUUAUGUUUCAUUUAUUUAGACAAAUAAAUAAUAUCUAAGAAACAUUGUAAAAAUAGAUUUAUUUAUUAUCAAUGAUAAUUAAUUGAAAUAUGAUUACUAUUUGAAUAAUUAAUUAGUUCAAUAAGAAAUAGUCUAGAAAAAUACGCUUCAAUAGGAUUAUACAGAAAGUAAUUGUUAACCAUAUGGAUAAAGAAUAAGUUUAGGAUAUUAUUUUACAAAUUAUAAUAAUUCAAAUGAAAUAAUUAAUAUUGCUUAUAAUACUUUAGUAAUUAUAAGUUUAAUUAUAUUAGUCUUAUUGUCCUAGUGGAUUCAUACACAUUUAUGAUAAUUAGAGUGUUGAUUAAUGGGUAUCUGUAUCUGAAAUUAGAACUUUAAACAUGAGUCAGAUUUAUGAAGAUACAUAAUACAAUUUUACUUAUGUAACCUAUAUAAAUAUUGUUUCUUUAAAUGAUACAAUUAUACCUAAUUUAGGGUAAAUUUAUUAAUAUUAAAUUUAUGGUGAUGCAAAUUCAGAGAGUUUAGCAUAUUAAUUUAAAGUACCUUUGAAAGAAUACGAUAAUCAAAUACAUAAAAUAAUAUUUUUUGGAGAUAUGGAUUCAAAUUGGACUGGUAAUAAAUCAAAAUAAACAUUUGAUUGGUUUUAAUCAAUUUAAAAUAAUUAAAGUGAUUAUGAUGUUCUUAUUUUUGAAGGAGAUAUGGCAUAUGAUUUAGAAUCUUUGGAUUGUUAAUAGGGAGAUUGGUGGCUUAGAAAUAUGACAACUUUUUCAUCUUAUUAUCCAUUAUUACCAACUCCAGGAAAUCAUGAUUCUGGAGAUAAUUAUGAAUUCGAUUUUUAUAGACUAUCGUUUUUAUCUCCUGAAUAAAAUUUAAAUACAAGAAAUAAUUAUUAUAAUUUUUAUAGUGUAGAUUUGGGAUUAGUACAUUAUAUAUUUUAUAAUCCUACAAAUAUUGUUUAUAAUGAAAGUAAUUAAGAUGAGAUUGAUUAUAUGGUUGAGAUAAUGGAGAAAGAUUUAAUAGAAGCAACAAAUAAUAGAUAUAAAGUACCUUGGAUAAUUGUGAAUAGUCAUUAUCCAAUGUAUUGUAGUGAUGCAACAGAUCCUAUGUGUUCAUAUAAUUUUAUAGCACUUGAACCAUUUGCAAAAUUAUUUAGUAAUUAUGGUGUUGCUAUAUAUAUGUCUGCUCAUUAGCAUAAUUAUGAAAGAGAUGCUCCAUUUAUUAAUAAUAAAUCAUAAGAAAAUACAGGACUUAUUACAGAUGGUCCUGAAUAACAUUUAAUUCAGAAUUCCGCAGCCCCAGUAUAUAUUAUUGAAGGAUCAGCAGGUUAAGAAUAUUAUACUCCUCUAGUACCUUGUAAUUAUAAUAUUAUAUAUUAAUUAGAUCCAAGUUAACCAUAUACAAUAUUUUAGACUGGUUAUAAUGAUGGUGUAGGAAUAUUAUAUAUUUAUAAUGAAACACAUUUAUAUUUUGAAUAAAUAGAUCUAGUUGAGAAUAAAGUUGUAGAUUAUUUUUGGGUUGUAUAAGAAAGAGGAAUGAAUCGAGAUAAUAAUAUUAAUAUACUUUUAUGGAUCAUAUUAAUAUUAGCUUUAAUAUUAGUCAUUGCAUUUGCUAUUUAUUAUUUUGUAAGAAGGUAACAGAUUAAAGAAAAGUUGCUCAAUUGA